AUGUUCUUCCUCAACCCGUUCAAGAACCACGAUAUUUCUGAAUUUCCCAACACCCAUAUCGACCUCGCAGACGUUGAACACCGCAACUCGAUAGUAGAUGCACGUCGCCAAUCACUCAGUCAACAGAAUGCUGAAAAGGAUGGCACCGACUCAGGUAAAGAUAGUGACGCUCACAGCGGCGGUGCUAGUAUCCGCGCUGGGACUACUCGAGGACUCACGUUAGCCGAAUUGCGCGAAGAGGUUGGUCAUGAUGUUGGCGCCAACGAUAGCCAGUCGGCAUAUGAUACAAAAUCCAAGGUCAUUAACCGAGCCAUCGCCGACAUGGGUAUGGGGAAAUAUCAAUGGCAGCUCUUCGCUCUGUGCGGCUGCGGUUGGAUGGCGGACAACCUGUGGCUCCAAGGUGUUGCUCUUACGCUCCCGUCUCUGUCUGCCGAAUUUGGCGUCAGCGAGAACGAAGUCCGUUACACUACCCUUUCUCUUUUGGGUCUCUGCAUCGGAGCGAGCUUUUGGGGAGUCGCAUCUGACGUUGUUGGUCGUCGCCUGGCUUUCAACUUCACCUUGAUGUUUGCAGGCAUCUUUGGUCUUGCCGCUGGCGGUGGUCCCAGUUGGAUUGGCGUCUGCGCACUGUACGCCUGUCUGGGUCUCGGUGUCGGUGGUAACCUCCCCAUCGACGGAGCCCUGUUUCUCGAGUUUCUCCCCGGGGCCAACAACAACCUCCUUACACUGCUUUCCGCUUUUUGGUCGUUCGGUCAAUUGAUCGCUUCACUCUUCGCCUGGGCUUUUAUCCCCAACUUUUCUUGCCCGGCUGCUGCAGAUGCCUGCACAAAAGACCAAAACUGGGGCUGGCGAUAUUUGAUUCUCACCUUGGGUGCCAUCACCUUCGUCAUGUUCCUGUGCCGCUUUUUCCUCUUCCACCUCUUCGAAUCCCCCAAGUACCUACUAUCGCGCGGUCGACAACGCGAGGCUGUGGCCGUCGUUCAUGGCAUUGCCUACUUCAACAAGACCAAGACCUGGCUCACUGAAGACAUUCUCGACACGAUUGGGGGGAGUUUCAGAAGAAGUGGUCAGCACGAAAUUGAGUACGAUCCAGAUCGUGAAGAAUUCCCUCGGCAAGUUCUCUACCCAGCAAAAAUGGGCCUCACCAUGAUCUUGCUCUGGUUCCAGUGGACGACGAUCGGAAUGGGCUACCCGCUCUUCAAUGCUUUCCUCCCACAGUAUCUCGCCAAUUCCGGCAGCUCGCAGCCUACUUCCGUCUCAGUCACGUACCGCAACUACGCCAUCACCUCCAUCUGUGGUGUCCCCGGCUCUUUCCUCGCCUACUACCUGGUCAACAUCCCGUUCCUCGGCCGCAAGAAGACCAUGAUUGUCGGCACUGCUCUCACCGGUGUCUUCGUCUUCUUGUUCACCAUCUCCGGCGACCCCGACUUCCAGCUCGCUUUCUCCUGCCUCGAAGCCUGCUUCCAGCAAGUCAUGUACGGUAUUCUCUUCGCCUACACGCCUGAGGUCAUUCCCGCACCCAAUCGCGGGACUGGCUCGGGUAUUAGCAGUUUUCUGAACCGUCUUGCUGGUCUCUGCGCGCCUAUCGUCGCAGUCAAUGCUGGGAGCGCGAACCCGAAGGCUCCCAUCUAUGCCUCCGGCGGCUUGAUCCUGGCUGCAUUCGUGAGCAUGAUUUUCUUGCCGAUUGAGACGCAGGGCAAGCAGAUCUUGUAG